AAUGUCCAACGCUAACGUUGCAAGCUACCUGGCGGAACAGAAGAAAACCACCGACAAAGAUCUAGCGGCCGAAUGGACGGUGCUGGAAGAGUUGUACAAUGAGAAGCUUUGGAAUGAGUUAACCAUAAAGUUGGACACGUUCGUGAAGCAUCCGGCACUACAGAAUGAGGAAGCGUUGCUUGCCCUGUACCACAACUUCAUCGCCUCCUUCGAAACAAAAAUCAAUCCGUAUGGUUUGGUAGAAAUACUGACCGUCGUCAUCUCGUACCUAACCGAUAAGAAGGAAGCGAUCGCAUUCCUGGAGAAGCUAAAGGACAAGGUAAAAAUCUGCGACCAAGCGGUCUGGAUGUGCAAAGUGCUGCAGGGACAGAUCCAUCUCGAGCACCUAAACCAGCUGGAUGAGACGAAAAAAAUCAUCGAAGAUCUGAAGGACAUUCUCGAGGAGGCGGGCAAUGUAACACCGGUGCACGGCAAAUACUACAUGCUAGCGGCCAAUUACUACCGAUUGGUCGGACAGCACAGCGAUUACUAUCGAUGUGGUCUUCAGUUUCUCGGAUGCUCGAUCGACACCUACCCGAAGGAUCAAUGGGCACAGCAAGCCUUCUGUCUAGGACUGGCCGCACUACUCGGCGAAGGUAUUUACAACAUCGGUGAACUGCUAGCACAUCCGAUACUGGAAUCGCUCAACGGCACAGAAAACGAAUGGCUGGUUGAACUGUUGCGAGCGUUCAACUCGGGCGACAUCGUCAAGUUCGAACAGAUGAAACCAAAAUGGAGCUCAAUCGCCGAUCUGGCCGCGCAGGAGGUGAAGCUUCGACAGAAAAUAUCGCUCCUCUGCCUAAUGGAAAUGACGUUCAAGCGGCCGGCCAACAAGCGCACCAUCUCGUUCGAUGAGAUUGCGAAGGAGGCUAAGCUACCGAUCAAGGAGGUGGAAAUUUUGAUCAUGAAAGCGCUGGCCCAGGGUCUGGUGAAAGGGGCGAUCGACGAGGUGGCUGGCGUAGUGAACAUGACCUGGGUGCAGCCGCGCGUGCUCGACCGCAAGCAAGUGGCCGGUAUGGCAUCAACGCUGGACACCUGGAUGUCCUCGAUUACGUCCAUGGAGAAGCUGAUCGAGAGCCGAGCGAGCGAAAUCCUUACCAAUUGA